AUGGGAAACACGAAUUUAAAUAACCAUAUUAUACGAGACUAUUCAACUGGAAAUAACUUCGUACCUUCAAUUAUUGACAAUAAUGAAAACUUUCAACACACUUCAAUGAUUUUAGACACCUCACAUAUUAAUAAUAUUGAUAUGACUGCUCUUGCACCUCAAAAUAUUACGUUUGAAUUUUAUCUUCCUUUACCAAAUGAUACGCGUAUUUAUCAUGUUACUUAUACCGAAUUAAAUUCAGUAGGAAUCGCGCAACUUUUGAAUGAUAGAAUUAAUUUAUCCCACAUUCUCAAUCAUCGGCUUCCAUAUCAUUAUAAUAUACAAAAUUUAAUUCGGCAAGAAAUUGUUCAAAAAUCUACCUCGCAGCAAUCUUUCGAUACUAUGGAUAUUCAACGUAAUUUUCAAGAAUAUUCGGAUAAUAAUGUUUUCGAUGUAUCUUCAAUUCUUCCUAUUCAACAACCUGUUGAUUAUCAACAAGAUGUCAUCCCACAACAAUCCUUCGAUACUAUGGAUAUUCAACGUAACUUCCAAGAAUCUUCAGAUAAUAAUGCUAACGACGUAUCUUCAAUCUCUCUUAUUCCUGUUGAUUAUAAACAAGAUACUAUCUCGCAACAACCUUUCGAUAAUAUAAAAUUUGAAUUUUAUCUUCCUUUACCAAAUGAUGUAUAUACCUAUCAUGUUACUUAUACCGAAUUAAAUUUAACAGAAAUCGCACAACUCUUAAAUAAUAGAAUUGAUUUAUCUCACAUUCCCAAUCAUAGACUUCCAUAUCAUUAUAAUGUACAACGUUUAAUUAGGCAAGAAAUUGUUCAACAAUCUAUUGGUUAUCAACAAAACACCUCCCCACAACGAUCUUUAGAUACUAUUGAUGUUCAACCGAUUUACCAAGAAUAUUUAGAGAAUACUAGUGCUUGCGUUGUAUCUUCAAUUUCUCCUAUUCUACAACCUGUUGAUUAUCAACAAGAUGCCAUCGCACAGCAAACUUUCGAUACUAUGGAUAUUCAGCCCACUAUCCAAGAAUAUUCAGAUAAUAAUGCUUACGAUACAUCUUCAGUUCCUCCAAACAGUCUUGGUGAUACCUCAACCACAUCAAAUUAA